CUCCGGAGGACGGAGAUGAUCUCUGUCUGCACGAAUUGUAGGAUAUCCAUUAAAAUGCUGUCAGAUUAGCGUGCGUUGUGAACUGGCUUGCGCGAGUCGACCAAUCGAGUACUGUUUGUGAGUCGGUGGGUACAUUUUCACGGGAUGUGACAAAACUGCUCGGCAAAGUGACGAUACUACCAAAGGAGACACAUAUGUACAUUUCGUCGCGGAUAGUCGUCAUCGUCGACGUCGGCGUUGUUUGUGCGCCGAUCUCGAUCCCCGCUGCGUUGGCGAGCAACGACUUGCCCCAGAAGCGAGCCGUACAAAUUGAAAGAAUUGAGGGAACGAGAAAAAAAAGAAUAUAGAGGAGUCAUUCUCACGAGCCCGAUCUCUCGUUUUCGUGCCAAAACAACCUCGGUCAGAAUAGUGACAUCGUUAUCCUUUAUUUUGGUAUUUAUAGAGCCGAAGCUGUUAUAAUCGACUGCAAUUUUCUGAAGGGGAGAGAGAAACUGGUCUCGGGGAUAGGUAAUUGAAAGGAAGAACCAUUUCGACAACGCUGCACGCGCGGGCUUUUUUCCGGGUACGAUUUACGCGUGUGAGUGCGCCAUAGUUACACGGGCAUAUCGCGCCGCGGGAGAACAGAGAGACAGAGCAAUAGAAAAGGAGCCACGAACGAGAGCGAUAGGGCUACCCGAGGUGAAACGAGAGGAGCCUUCGAUAGUGAAACGGAGUGAGAACGAGAGCGUUAGCAAGGGUCGUGAGGAGAAGGAAGAGAUCUCCGCCAAAAUGUCGCUGAAAACACCAACGCGGAUACAUUGAUUGCUUUUCGUCAUUUAACAGGGGGUUUUUUGUGAAGUUGACUACCUAAAAUAUUGAAAAUAUGGUAUCAACCCGUCAGUCAAGUAAUAUGGGAGGAAGUAAUGGGGGUGGACCAGUUGCUGAAGUUGCAGAUGCAAGUACAUCAAGAAGACAUCAAUCUGUAACAAUGACAAGCUCUUAUAGUGGACCAUCAGUUUCGGAUCCACCCACCUUUAGUAACUUAAAUCUUCUGGAUUUACCAGUUGAAAUUCUUGAAAAGAUUUUCAGCUAUUUGGAUUAUAAUACUGUAGCUCAUUUACGUCCAGUAUGUCACCAGAUGGAUCGUGUUUGCGGAUCAAUAUUAAAUUCCACAUUUCAAAAGCUUCAAGCACAAAUGUUGAGUCGCUUUCAGGCAAUUAAAGCACAGAUGCCCAGACGUGAAUCAGCCCGUCGUAAUCAUCCACUGGCUUGUGAAUCAGAUAUAAUUGAAACACUUCAUAUGCGACUUACUUUACUUCAAAUGAGUUUUGGCAAACAUAUUGAACGUAAACAUUGCUGUUUUUUUCCUGGGGAGAUUUUAGACGAAGUUUAUCAUAUUUUACAUUACAUAAAAGUUACUCCAAAAUUAGCCAGGCCAUACAAAGUUACAGAUGAGUUAUUUGAUUUAAGUACUAUGGCUAUGGAGUACUUCAAGGAACGCAUUGAGCCCACGUUACCAGAAAUUCCUUACUUUGGAGCGGAUUUCCUAGAUCUUGCUGGAACUUUUUCCUCUUCUAGUAAUGUGAGCAAACCAUUCAUAUGCCUGGACUCUGCACCUCUAACUGUUGGAAGCGGUAAAGCAGGAAGUAAUAGCGGAGAAGAAGGUUCCCCACCGCAUUCGUCGGACGAUCCUGUUCUCUUAGAAUCUAAUGUAUCACCUCCACAAUCAAACAUGGUGUUACGAAAACGGAUUCGUAAGAUCAAGCAAGGCAUGAAGAGAUAUAAUAGUCAGUUAACGUUAAUGCGUAGGGAUCUAAAGAGUUGCAAGUCAAAAAUAGCAGAACAACAAAAACAGAUUGUUGAAUACGCUACACGUCUUGAUGAAAAUGACAAGAAGAACGAGGAGACUUCUCGCAAAUUUAGCACACUCCUACAGGAAUUGAACAAAUGUAAAACAGAACUUCAGUAUUGGCGAUCCAAAUCUCCAGCGAUACCAGUAUGUGUAGUCUGUGGUCAGUCUAUGUUGACACCGUCUGAAGAUAUACAAGUUUUGAAUAAUCAAGGAAUAGUACCAGAGGUAACAGAUGAAGGAUUAGACUUCAUUCCCAUAGCAGAUGCGCAGAGUCCCACUGAAGUAGCUCCGCAGCCAAUAGUUACACAGCCUUCAACGCCACCAUCGACAGAGGAAAUGGCACCCCCAAAGGCUCCCGUGCCUUCGUUAUCUACAAAACGAAAAUCCACAACAGAGGAAACACCUAGCGACGCCGGGAAGAAACCACGUCGUACUGCCAAGUCUCGUCAAGUCAAACGUUCGAAGAUGUAAAUCGAUUCUGAUCAUGGUACAAAAAUAUUUAUCUAACAUCCUUGCUGGGUUUUCGGAAUAAGAGGUCUUUCGAUUUACGCUAAACGUGUUCCAUUACGUCAGCGAACAGAUGAUCUUAGAAAAGUACAAAAUUUUUUCCUGAACGUCCUGCAUUUCGCGCA